AUGUGGUGCGGAUCAGAGAUGUGGUGCGGAUCAGGCAGCCGGUGCGCUAGGGUUAGCGGCGUGUUAGGCAAACGGCGUGUAGUGUCUGUGGUGUUUGUGUCCCCGAGAUUCCCACCGGACCCGAAGACACCGCCGGCUGUACCACAGCCUCCAUCGCACGGCUAUCACACGUUUGACAGCAAAAAGUCUCAAAAGACGGUUAAGAAGGAGAAGGACAUCAACAGUGCCAACAAGUUUGUCAAACAGCUAUCGUUAGCGCUUCGGUACUUCCAGGAUGUGGUCGAGAAGGACAAGUUGGAGCAGUUGUCCGGUUCGGUCACCAUUAUAUUGGAGAUUGUCUUAACCGGCUAUUCAGAGCUCAAGGCAUAUCUCAUCAAUAAUGAGCAAAGUUCACAAAUCGUUUCGGCGACGAAUCAGGUCUACCAGUGUUUGGCUGAACUGAUCCGAUGGUCGGACACUGUUUUGCUCAAAAACGACAAAUCUGUAGACAAACAAACGGUCACUGAUAUAGCGAAGAAUGUCUACGAAUCUGUUAAUGUCUACCAGUGUUUGGCUGAACUGAUCCGAUGGUCGGACACUGUUUUGCUCAAAAACGACAAAUCUGUAGACAAACAAACGGUCACUGAUAUAGCGAAGAAUGUCUACGAAUCUGUUAAUAGUCUCGUCCAGUUGUGUAUCGAUCGCUACAAUAGCAGAGAAAAUGCUGUCAAGAAUAACGAGGAGAGAACGUCAGCGCCAACCGGCGGGUCGUCGGCCGGACUGUCCACUCAAACGUUGGGCCGACCGACCAAAAAGCCGGCGCCCAUUUCACUGGCGCUGUUGAACUCGUCGUCGGCGCACAGAUCGUCGCUCCCGGAGAUACCACUCUCUCCGCGCGAGAAGGAGAUCCUCGAGACGACAAACUUUCCGACUCCACCACCCGUUCCCUUCCGGAGCGGUCAUAUCGAUCGCCUAAAUCACUCGCUAUCGUCGGACAAUGUCCUCAAUUCCUCGUCUCUCGGCGAUGUCUUUGACGGUCCCAUUCAAGCGCCACCAAAGCCUCCGUUACCCGUCGGCGUCGACGGUCUGCCUCUCUCUGUGUCCAAUAUAGUGGAGAGCGGCGUCGAAGACCGCUCGGCUGCCCGCCCGCCACCGCUUCCGCCCAAAAGGUUUCCGCGUUCAGAGAAAGUACUAUUCUCUCAGUCAGCUCAGCAGUCGUUUGACUGGUCCCAAACGUGUCAGUCAUCUAACUGUACGUCAAACUGCAAUAGCGUCGACUCGUGUCUCAAUUACUCCGGUCUCAGCCACUUGUCGGCCGACGAUCUCCUAUCGAUGUCUCGAAGCGACGCUAACUCCGACUGCCGGGGCUUUCGGUCGCAACUGAACUCAUAUAAUACUAACUCGUCGUCCGAUGAGAACAGAAGCACCACUUCUUCAUACAAUUUCAGUCGUUUUGAGUACAAGACGACGACUCGUGUGUCACAAACGACUACACAAAGCAUUCAUUCGUCAAACAAUCAGUCGAAAGAGAGUCUCGCCUUUUCGUUGAGUUCUCCGCCCUUUCAUUCCCAUCGAAUCGAUUCACUCAUUGACAAAAUGAGAUCCUUUCGGACGUCCGGUGGCGGCGAAGACACUGUCGACGGCGUUGUAGUGCCGCCCGAAUUACCCGUCAAAAUGAGAUCCAAACUGAGUCUCUCUAACAUUCACAACAUAUUGGACUCCAAACCCAUGCGUCCCGUCUCUGAAUACGACAAUCUCGUCGGAACUCCCGAUUCUAGUCAUCAUUGCGGUCACCAAUUGAUCCAUCGGUUGCCCAAUAAUACGAAUAACAAUAAUAAUAACAAUGAGACAAACUUUCAAUACUCGCUUCAAACGCAUACCUCGUGUCCGCACUCGACGUCAUGUCCUCACUUCAUGAACAACGCGCCGACACUAGAGGUCAGCGAUUGUUGCAACGACUUGGAGAACAGACCGCCGCCACUGCCGCCCAAGAGGCGCAAUAUCAUGGCUUACAUGGAAAUGGUUGACAGCUAUAACGGUCCCGAAAGUGCCGAGUUUUACCGCAACUCAAUGGCCACUUACGCCUCCAUCGAAAACCAAUGGCACGCCGUCGAGAAGACAUUCUUCCAGCAGAGAUCCAUUACCACUAGUUUUGUCUCCGGCUCUUCCGACGAUUCCGUCUUCUCGUUCGAGUCCGAGACCUCUUCAACGCCUCCGCCAUCACUGCCUCCCAAGAAGAAGAAGUCUCUGUUGACGACCGCCUCAUCAACGCUGACGACGACACCCAAACUCGAAGAAUUGCCGGAAUUGAUGCCCCGGACGAGCACUCCGGUCAGUCUCGUGCCCUCCUCUGACAGUGGGAUCAGCUCUCAGCCAGAGUUGACUCGCGUUGAAAUCGAAGAGCCAGAAGAGCUGACAGCACUCGACGAGACCGAUGUUUCCGCAUAUAUUGUACUAAAGGUGGCCACCGAUGACGGGCCGGACAUUAGGGGCGGAACUGUUGACGGAUUGAUAGUGAAGGCGACCGAAGUGUCCAAAAAC